CCUUGACCCUGACACGAACUGAGACUGGGCGGUACAGGGGGCAGAUACUAGGCUGCUAGGGUACAGUGCAGUGUGACAGGGUACAGACAUCUGAUGACAGACACCAGUGGUCAACUGUUCAAAAAGCGACGUUACAAUUAUAACAAACUCAAACUCACUCACUCAUCCAGCCAGGACUAACGCAAACAACAAACUACAGAAUGAGCGGACAGGGCAGCAAGAAGCUGAUCAACUCCGUGGAGCGAUGCGUGGACGACAUGCUAGAGGGCUACGUGGCCCUCAACCCGGGGGUGCGUCUAUUACACGGUCAUCGUAUCGUAAUCCGGGCCGACGUCGAAGACUACGUGAAGUCCGGCAAGGUGGCUGUGUUGUGUGGGGGAGGGUCUGGGCACGAGCCAGCACAGGCAGGGUAUGUUGGGCGGGGUUACCUGACGGCGUGUGUGGCAGGGUCGGUGUUCGCCUCUCCCCCACCCCAGGAAAUCCUUCCGGCAAUCAGAGCUGUGGCCAAACGGAACAAGGGCGGGUGUCUGUUGUCCGUCGCCAACUACACUGGAGACCGGCUCAACUUCGGACUGGCCUACGAGAAGGCUCGACAAGAAGGGAUCAAAAUCGCUAUGAUAGUUGUGGGCGAGGACUGCGCCGUGACGACAAACGACCGUACCGCGGGCAGGAGAGGACUUGUCGGAUACAUCGUUACAAAUAAAAUUGCUGGAGCUUUGGCCGAGAUGGGUCGGAGUCUGGAGGAUAUAGUUGAGAUUACCACUGCUGCCACCAAACAGAUGGGGACUAUCGGCUUGAGCUGGAGUGCGUGUUCCGCGCCAGGAUCUGGACCCACGUUCAGCCUCGGGGAUGAUGAGAUGGAGUUGGGUCUGGGGGCACACGGGGAGGCGGGCGUCAAGCGCAUGAAGAUGACCAGUGCUAGGGAAGCAGUGACGAUCAUGAUAGACCACAUCACAAACCCGGACAACCCCACACACCUCAAGGUCACCAAAGGUGACCAUGUUGCUGUCUUCGUCAACAACCUCGGCGCCACCACCGUCAUGGAAAUGAACAUAGUCGUAGGAGAAGCAAUUUUGUACCUUGAACACAUCGGUGUGUUGGUUGAACGAUGUUACUGCCAGCGUUUCAUGACGUCCAUGGAGAUGGCGGGAUUUUCCAUCAUGCUGCUGCUGCUUCUGAGUGACACUCUCACUCAGUGUCUGGAUUUUCCAACAGACUCCCCACAUUGGCCACGCCCACUUCUACCACGUGGGGUGACUGACAGACAGACCCCGCCCCGUUUAGUGCUGGAUUAUAUUGAGGACACGCCCAGUACGACCUUAGUGGGCGGGGCGGAGGUGGGAUCAGAUUAUGCAGACAAACUGUACGAGAUCAUCGCGCACGUGUCCGAGAAACUUAUGCAGAACGAGGCUCGACUGAACCAACUGGACACAACGGGGGGAGAUGGGGACACGGGCAGUACAUUGGCACGAGGAGCUAGGGCCAUUUUAAAGCAGCUUGGUAACAAAGACAAGCCCGGUUUGCCUGUUGAUCAGCCAUGUUCCCUGGUGCAAGCCCUGGCCUCCACGGCUGAAAACCAGAUGGGGGGCGCGUCCGGAGCACUGCACAGCCUACUGCUGACGUCAGCAUCCAGCUGUCUGAAGGACUCCGUGACGGUAACGGCAUGGCGCGACGCCCUGUCACAGGGGAUAGACGCCGUCAGAAGAUAUGGAGGCGCUGAGCCCGGAGACAGGACGAUGCUGGACCCCCUGUGUGCUGCGAGGGAUGUGCUGUUAUCUAGACUGUCAGAAACAACGCCCAUCCAAGCCUUCACGGAGGCGGUUCAGGCAGCAGAGAAGACAGCAGAGGCGACAGCGACAAUGAGGGCAUACGCUGGACGGGCCAGCUACGUUAACCCUGACCGUCUUACCCAGCCGGACCCCGGGGCUACGGGGGUGGCAAUUUGGCUCAGGGCCAUACUGGAGAAAUUGUAAGGAGCAGCCAUGAAUAUAUGGCUUAACUAUAACAGAUUCACAAAAGAAUGUUAGUGUCGCCACUGUACAUUUCCUCUCAUGGAGUCCAGAGUUCUCCAAUACAGAAGAUCGUUUCGAUGGACAUCUUGACAUUGGACGCAGCGAAGUCUUGCAGUGUGACCUGUCUGUGAUAAUUAUUCCGUGUUACUGGGUAAAUUAUGAUUGUGA